UCUUAUAAAUCUUCCCCAUGGCUUCAGCUUGUGCUCAUCCAAAACCAGGGUGCUUCCCCUAGUAAUUCUUGUUCCUUCUUGGGAUUUCCAUAUUGUUUCAGCCUUCUUCUUUUUUCUUGCUGAGCUCCUAGACAUGGACAAUUCGCGUCUCCCGAGGUUCAUUAUGGAGGUUGCUCCACCGCAGUUUGUUACUGUCACGAGGCACAGAACAAGAAAGAUGUUGGAGACGAUCAGUGAAGAGGAUAGAGAUGGCAGCAACAUUGAUUCUCUUUAUCAUACUUCCAAGAGCUCACCAACUUCACUCCCUGUGGUUGCUAUGGCUGCUGCUGCCUCUGCUUCUGCCCCCCAAGUAUUUUCUCAAAGGAGUCUCAAGUUUUUCAAUUUUCAAUAAUCACUGAGAUCGAUUUUUAUGUAUGACAGCCUCGGUGAAGAGGUAGUUCACGUGAUGAUUUCAAAGAAGGUAGCAUGGCAUCAAUAGACAGAUUCCUCAAGAAAUGGGAAAUCUUCCAAUAGUCUAAAAUUUUAGGAUUGCAUUAUAUAAAUGGAAAAACCAUAAUGAUUUAACUAAGAGUAUAUCAGAUACGA